AUGACAUUUGUUUUUCUAUCCUUCAAAUUGGUUCCUGCAUAUGUUCGGCUGCUGCGCGAUAAUGAGGCGGAAGUACGUAUUGCUGGUGCUGGGAAAGUGACUAAGUUCUCCCGCAUAUUAAGUCCUGAACUAGCCAUUCAGCAUAUUCUGCCAUGCGUAAAGGAGUUAUCGACAGAUUCAUCUCAACAUGUCCGCUCUGCAUUGGCUUCGGUUAUAAUGGGAAUGGCACCGGUCUUAGGGAAGGAUGCAACAAUUGAGCAACUUCUCCCUAUUUUCCUCUCUCUUUUGAAAGAUGAGUUUCCUGAUGUCAGGCUAAAUAUUAUCAGCAAGCUUGAUCAAGUGAACCAGGUUAUUGGUAUUGAUCUCUUAUCUCAGUCACUUUUACCAGUUAUUGUUGAGCUUGCUGAGGAUCGGCACUGGAGAGUUAGACUUGCAAUCAUAGAAUAUAUACCAUUGUUAGCAAGUCAGUUGGGUGUAGGGAGCAAGAAAGUUUGUGGAGGACACUGCAAGUUCAUUCAGUGUUGCCUAAUUAAGAACUUUGGUGAAGGGCUGUUAUUUUGCAUGUAAAUCUUAUUCUUAAGUAAGCAAGCACUUGGAGUUAUAAUUUAUAAUGGCUUUUUUAACCUGCUCUUUGAUUAAGAAUUUCAAGUUGUUACAAGCCUUUUAAGAAGCACUAUAAUAUGAAAAAUCAUUUGUUGGAAGAAGUGCAGCCUCUUGAAUGGAUAAAACAUAAAAGUAUCUAAAAAAUUAUCUCUUAAUAAGUGGUUCAAGGUUUGUCCAUAAAAUGGUUACAAUGUUUUAUUA